AUGAAAUUAAUGAAAGUAUUAGGAUAUAUAAAUAUAAUAACAAAUUGCGUUCAUAGCAUUCUGUGCAAAGGAGAUAAAAAAAGAUAUAAUGUUUUUACAAAUAGUUUUAUUCAUUCAUUCAAUACUAAUUUACAUUCAUUUAAAGCAAUGAUGAAUAAAAAUCCAGAAUGGGUACUUGAAAAAUCCCCAGAUCACAAUAGUUAUGAUAUUGUUGAAAAAAGGUAUAAUAGCAAAUUUAAAAUGACCUAUACUGUUUAUGAACAUAAAAAAUUAAAAACUCAAGUGAUAGCACUUGGAACAAAUGAUCCAUUAGAUGUUGAGCAAGCUUUUGCCUUUUAUGUUAAAACAUUAACAUAUACUGGUAAAGGUAUUCCACAUAUAUUAGAACAUUCUGUUUUAUCAGGUUCAAAAAAUUAUAAUUAUAAGGAUUCUAUGGGAUUAUUAGAAAAAGGCACUUUACACACUCAUUUAAAUGCUUACACAUUUAAUGAUAGAACUGUAUAUAUGGCUGGGUCUAUGAACAAUCGGGAUUUUUAUAAUAUCAUGGGUGUUUAUAUGGAUAGUGUAUUUCAACCAAAUGUUAUUAAUAAUAAAUUUAUUUUUCAAACAGAAGGUUGGACAUAUGAAGUAGAAAAAUUAAAAGAAGAAGAAAAAAAUGAAGAUAUUCCCAAAAUUAAAGAUUAUAAAGUAUCAUAUAAUGGUAUUGUUUACAAUGAAAUGAAAGGAGCACUCAGUAGUCCUUUAGCAGAUUUAUAUUAUGAAGAAAUGAAACAUUUAUUUCCUGAUAAUGUACAUUCUAAUAAUAGUGGUGGUGAUCCAAAGGAAAUUCCAGACUUAACAUUUGAAGAAUUUAAAGAAUUUUAUUACAAAAACUAUAAUCCUAAAAAAAUCAAAGUUUUAUUUUUUAGUAAAAAUAAUCCCACUGAAUUAUUGAAUUUUGUAGACAAUUAUUUGAAUAAACUUGAUUUAAGUAAUUACAGAGAUGAUGCAGUAGAUAAUGUAAAUUAUCAAGAAUAUAAAAAAGGUCCUUUUUAUGUUGAAAAAAAGUUUGGAGAUCAUUCUGAAGAUAAAGAAAAUUUGGUUUCAGUUUCUUGGCUUUUAAAUCCCAAAAAGAGCAAAGAUACCGAUGAAGAUUUUAGUUUAGAGUCCCCUAUUGAUUACUAUGCUCUGUUAAUAAUAAAUAAUUUAUUAGUUCAUACUCCUGAAAGUGUUUUAUAUAAAGCAUUAACUGAGAGCGGCUUGGGAAAUAAUGUUAUUGAUAGAGGGUUGAAUGAUAGUUUAGUUCAAUAUGUUUUUAGUAUAGGAUUAAAAGGAAUAAGAAAAAAUAAUUUAAAGAAUGUUAGCUUAGAUAAAGUUCAUUAUGAAGUUGAAAAUAUUAUUUUAAAAGCUUUAAAAAAAGUUGUUCAAGAAGGUUUUAAUGAAUCAGCUGUAGAAGCAGCAAUAAAUAACAUGGAAUAUGUCUUAAAGGAAGCUAAUCUAAAAACAUCAAAAAGUAUUGAUUUCAUUUUUGAAAUGGUAGCACAAUUAAAUUAUAACAGGGAUCCUUUGAGGUUAUUUGAAUUUGGAAAAUAUAUAGAUAAUAUUAAACAAAAAAUAAAGGAUGAACCAAAAUUUUUAGAAAAAUAUGUAGAAAAAUAUUUUAUAAAUAAUAAUCAUCGUUCAGUUAUUUUGCUCAAAGGAGAUGAAAAUUACGGUUUGGAACAAGAAACUUUGGAGAAGGAAUCAUUGAAAAAAAGAAUUAAUAAUUUUACUGAAGAAGAAAAAGAAUCUAUUAUUAAAAAUUUUGAAGAAUUAAGUGAAUACAAAAAGGCAGAAGAAACACCAGAACAUUUAGACAAAUUUCCCAUAAUAAGUAUAUCAGAUUUAAAUAAAGAAACUUUAGAAAUACCUGCGAAUAUAUAUUUUACUAACAUACAAAAAGAAAAUGAUUUGGAAGAGUAUACAAAAGCUAAAGGAAAUGAAGAGGUAUUAAAACAAAAUAUGGAUUAUUUCAAAAAUAGGUAUAUUUUAAAAAAAUCAAAAGAUGAAUUAGAUAUAAAAGAUAGAGUCAUGUAUAAUGAAGGGGACGUGCCUGUGCUAAUACACGAAAUGCCUACUAAUGGAAUAGUAUAUCUUCAAUUUGCAUUUUCCUUAGAUGAUUUAACUCUUGAAGAGUUGAGUUAUUUGAAUUUAUUUAAAACAUUGAUUCUAGAAAAUAGAACAAAUAAGAGAUCAUCUGAAGAAUUUGUAAUUUUAAGAGAAAAAAACAUAGGAAAUAUGUUAGCAAAUGUUGCUAUAUAUUCAACAGAUGACCAUUUAAAAGUAACUGGUAAAUAUAACGCACAUGCGUUAUUUAAUUUGGAGCUACAUGUUUUAAGUCAUAAAUGCAAUGAAGCGUUAGACAUUGCUUUGGAAGCUUUAAAAGAAUCGGAUUUUUCAAAUAAGAAAAAAAUAAUAGAAAUUUUAAAAAGAAAAGUUAAUGAAAUGAAAACUAAAUUUAAUGAGAGAGGGUAUUCUAUAUUAAUGAAGUAUGUAAAAUCACAUUUAAAUUCUAAGAAUUUUAUUCAUAAUUUGAUAUAUGGUUAUGGGAACUAUUUAAAGUUACAAGAACAAAUCAAAUUAGCAGAAAAUGAUUUCUCAACUUUUGAAAAAAUAUUAAAUAGAAUUAGAAAUAAAAUAUUCAAUAAAAAUAAUUUAAUAAUAAAUGUAACAUCUAAUUCAGCAUCAUUAAAUGAUUUGUUUAAUGAAUCAAAAUAUUCCUUAAAAAAAUUAUUAUCAUACUUCGAAGAGAAUGAGGUUAAUAUUGAAAAUGAUAUUAGAUGGAAUGAUUAUAUUAAACAAAAUAAACUAUUAGAUAAAGAACAAGUUAAAAAAGAAUUUUUUGUUUUGCCAACUUUUGUAAAUUCUGUUUCAAUGUCAGGUGUUUUAUUCAACGAAGGAGAAUAUCUUGAUCCAGCUUAUACUGUGAUUGUGGCAGCUUUAAAAAAUUCUUAUUUAUGGGAAACUGUAAGAGGGUUAAAUGGUGCAUAUGGAGUUUUUGCUGACAUUGAUUAUGAUGGAAUUUUAGUAUUUUUAUCUGCAAGAGAUCCUAAUUUAGAAAAGACUUUAAAUACAUUUAGAGAAUCAGCACAAGGCUUAAGAAAAAUGGCUGAUAGUAUGACUGAAAAUGAUCUACUCAGAUAUAUAAUUAAUGCUAUAGGAACUAUUGAUAAACCACGAAGAGGUAUUGAACUUAGCAAACUAUCCUUUUUAAGGAUUAUAACAAAUGAAACAAAAGAAGACAGAAUUGAAUUUAGAAAUCGUAUUAUGAACACUAAAAAGGAAGAUUUCUAUAAAUUUGCAGAUUUGAUAGAAAAAAAAGUUUCUGAAUUUGAAAAAAAUAUUAUUAUUAUAACUAGCAAAGAAAAAGCAAAUGAUUACACAAUUAAUAUUGAUCCAAGUUUUAAAAAAAUUUUUAUUGAAUAG